AUGCCUGAUGCUUUCAACUGGCUCUGUGCUCAAUUCAACCCGCUCAAGGCUUUCUUCGGAGCUAGUUCAUCAUAUCACAAGCCGGUCGGAAUGUCCUUGCAGCACGCAGAAAAUCCAAUGAGACCUUGUGAAUCCCCUCAGAUGGGUGUGGCCAAUACGAUACACGGACUCCCAUCGCCUCCUCCCACGCAGCCUGACUUUAAGACUGUCUCAUCUGAGGAAUUAGAAUUUAGAGGAGAAACUGCAGAGAGCGGGAACAAUACGCAGACCCCUGGCGAUAGAGCCGAAGUUCUCUCCGAGGAUGCAGACGCUGUAGAGUCCAUGCAGAUGGUCCAAUACAUACCUGCGCAGCCAUGUUCGGCUGUUGCAGCGGAGCAUGAUGAUAACCACGGAGAACGAGACGCCCUUGAACUUAGAGAUAUGGCUGAGAGCAAAACAGCAGACAGUCACUUGAAUGCAGAGCCAUCCUACUUAGAGUCUUUGAAGCACGAUAAGAGUUGUUCUUCUACUUCAGAGCAAAAAAUUUCCGUCGAAGAGAAUAGCCGCCACUCAAGCCCAGGAUACAUACCAGAUGGUGUCCAAAGCAGUAUCGUACCCUUCACAACCGACCAAGGUAUCCAAAAUAAAAAACGAUUGACCAAGUGUGACAUCGAGAAAUAUCGAAACGCCCAAGAAACUAUUGCAGCUAAAAGCCGUUGUCCAGAUGCCGCAGCUGAAUCGUUGGAGAGUAAUGAAAGGAAUCUACCAGGAGAAGCUGUCACAGUUGAUACCUUGUUUGUGCCAGAGUCUCCGCUUGACAGGCGAUUGACUGAAUCAAACAAUGAGCCAAGCAACAAAAUCGACCUUAGCUUAAGCAAACAUUUGCUCUCAGAUGAUGAAAGUGAUUUUGGAGAUACCAAUCACAAGACGAAGGCAAAGAGACCGAGAAAAUCGGCGAAUGAGGACUCGGAAAUUGAUUUGACAAACAAAGCUUCUGAGUUACCUUCUGAAGUAAAAUCGGGCGAGUCAGAGAAAAGAAAGUCAAGGUCAUCGAAAAAACAGAAGGCCGGCAAGCAAAAGGGUAAAAAGGCUUCUGACAGAAAAAAACGUUCAAAGAAAAUUGCAAAACAUGCUCCCAAGAAGAAACCCGUAGACAAACGCUGGAAUUCUAAGUCAUCUGAAUUUUUGAGUACUGGUCACCAACUCUUCGAAAGCAUUUUUGAUCAAGACGUCGGCGGUGAGAACUGGAAUUCGGAGACCAAGGUCUCGACACGGAAAAACGAUUAUGUGAAAUCUCUUCUUGACUCUGUACCAGAGGAAAAAAGGACCAAGAUCAGAAGGGAUGGGAACCUCAUUUUGCACGCAACUAAACAGCUUUCACCAUACAAUGUCCGUUCGACCGGAGAUGGACUUUGGAACGUGUCAGGAAUGAAAACAGCCUUGCUCAACUACCAAGUCUUGGGUGCCGAUUGGAUGCGUGACCGCGAGGAGAAUGAACAAGACCCGCGUGGAGGAAUAAACGCAGACAUGAUGGGAUUGGGAAAAACAAUCCAGACACUGGCUGUUAUGAUUUGCAAUCCUCCAGGGAAGUCUGACCCCAAGGCAACGUUAAUUGUGGCCAACAAGAACCUGCUCUUUCAAUGGGAGCGAGAAAUAAAACACCAUACUGAGUGGGAAAAAUGGUUCCCUCGCAUUUUAAUGUAUUCAUCAAAGCUCUCGGUGACGAAGACAGAUUUAGAGGGUUUUGAUAUCAUAUUGACCACAUACAACGAGAUUAUGAAAUCAUUUCCGGUGCCUGACAUUUCGGAGGAAACAAAAAACAUAGACCAAGCGGUGCAAGAAUGGAGAAAGGAAAAGGAGGAGCGCAGUGGUACCUUGCACGACGUGCAGUACUACAGAAUUGGUGAUUUGGAUUUCAAGUUGAAGAAAAUCAAUCUGGAACUGACAAUUGAAGCAGUACUUGAUGAAGCACAAGCCAUCAAGAAUCAUAAGUCACAGACGAGUAGGGCUUGCCGGGCUUUGAAGGCAAAAUAUCGGUGGGCUCUUAGCGGGACACCAGUUGAUAAUGAUCUCACCGAAUUUUACUCGUAUUUCAAAUAUCUUCGCAUAUCUGGCAUCGGCAAUUUUCGGGAUUUCAAAAAAAAUUUUUGUAAUUCUGAGAGCGAAACUUGUAUCAGCAGGAUGCAGCUCCUCUUGAGCGGAAUUAUGCUGAGGCGUGUACAUACUAACCAGCUUCUCAACAAGCCGAUCCUGCAACUUCCAGAGAAAGCUCAACAUACCAUUAUGCUCAAGUUCGACCCGAUCGAGCAAGCAAUUUAUGACUACGUCGAGGCCAAAUACACGACCCGCAUUCAUUACUUCAUUCACUCCGGGGUCGCCAAGAAGGAAAAAAAGAAAAUUAUGGCUAUGCUACUAAGACUACGACAGAUGACGGCGCAUGUCCUCAUUGCGCAUGAAAGUAUCCAGCAUCUAUUCACACUAGACGAUCUGGCGGGUAUCGAGUCAACUAUAGCCUCAAGGUGCACCCUCACACCCCCACAACGAGAGAUUUUAUCUCAAGCAAAGGUAAUGGUUCAAGACCAUCUCAAGAGAGUCAAAGAGGGCGACGAAGAUAAGGACUUCACCAAAAUGAAUGGGGGAAAUGGCGUUUUCUCUAAUCCUGCCACGCCUGAAGGAAACGAGGCUGAAUUUCUGGAAUACAUCCAGAAAUUAAAUAAGGAUUCCAAUACCAUUGAAUUGGAAUCCCGAAAAAUAUGCCCGGAGUGCCAAUGCCCACCCGAGAAGCCUUAUCUUUCACCUUGUUGGCACCUCUUUUGCGCAGCUUGUCUACAAUCCUUGGAAGAGAAGGCGAAAAAGAAAGACUUGAAGCAGAUCAAUUGUCCAGCUUGCCGAACUUCAUUCAGUCAAGCGACAAAGUUUAGAAGUCUCGGGGUCUUGAAAUCCGAAACAUGGGGCCAACAGGAGGAUAAUGCAAUAGCACGAGAAAGAAAAAUUGUUGAUACGCGAUGGAUUGAUCAAUCUUUGCGCAAGCUGAUGUCAACAAAAAUCAAAGCUGUUGUUUCCCAGACGGCUGAGUGGAUCGGAAAAGAUGACAAUUGUAAAAUUAUUAUCUACACCAUGUUCUUGCCUACGAUUAGGAUCCUGGGGCGCAUAUGCUAUUUGCGUGGAUGGGGUCAUCUCAAGUUUCAUGGUGAAAUGUCGGCGAAAGCCCGUGACCAAACAAUCAUGAAUUUCCAAAACGACCCGACAAAGCGAAUCUUACUCGCAACCAUGCAAUGUGGAGGUGUGGGACUAAAUUUGACUAUGGCGACACGACUAAUUUGCGUCGACCUGUGGUGGAAUAAUAGCCCAGAACAACAAGCAUUUGCGCGAAUAUGGCGGAAGGGCCAGACGGAGAAAACACAGGGCGUUCGAUUUGUCGUUCGAGGUACCAUAGACGAAAAGCUGAUGGAAUUGCAAAUACGAAAGGCAGCUAUCAUUCAGAAAGGUAUCGGCGAGCGCGACAAGUUGGAUAGUUUGACCAUUGAGGAUAUCGAGGAACUGUUUAGUCAAAAGGGCAAGGAUAACAAAUCUCCGGGCUUCAUUCCUCCCACUAGUAAGGAUGAAGCCGAUGAAGGUGGUAUCAUUGGAUCUUCUAUGCCCGAAGAAGACGAUAUCUAG